ACGUUUUCGUGACGGAUUAGUGUGGACGGCAGGUCUAAUUACCGUAGAAAUAAAGCUGCGUUUUCAAAUUUCUCGGUUGUAGUGUGGGCGGGGCUUAAAACAUACGUUGUCACAAGCAACACCAUUCUUUGGAACACCGUGACUAUUGAUCCAACGGUAGCUGUUAAAGGUUGACGUCGAUCUUGAGUUCCCCAUAGUUACUGUAGAAAUCGUUCACCCUGCAUAGUAACGAAGUUAAUCAGUGAUAUUGGACAAUGCGUUUUGUUUGUACAUAUUCUUGUUUAAACCGGUUUGAUCACGUGCGUUUUGUAAUAAUAUCCUGCUUUCAGUAGCUUUUUUCUUCUUGGCUUUGAUGCUUUUCGAUCGAGCGAGAUCCUUUAAUAUGAUGUACGAGUGAUUCCUACGAAUAAACAAGUUUAACGGUACGAGUUUCGAAUAAGAUUAUUAUAGUCACUUGCAUAAAUGUACUCACAAAGUAAACCAGCUCAUUAUCUUGAAAGAAAUGCACAUCUAUGCUCAAGUCUCGAGUCGAAAAUAGCCGUUUCAUAAAAAAAAAGCUUUGCGUACAAUUUUGCGUACAGUAUAUAUUCAACUCUGUGCUUUGUAAUUUAAACUGAAGAUGACGAAGAUUCUGUUGAAACAUGUUUUUAAAAAACGUUGUCUUGUUUCUUAUCAUUUUGUUUGCUAGUUAUGACUUACUCCUGUGAAACUAAAUAUAUCGUGGACUUGCAGCAGGUAAGAAAUGUUAAGAAGUAGACAAAGAGUCUUUUUCGAUCUUACUGUUCACAGAAUUGUUACAUAGACUGAUCUCAUGAACUCCUAUUCAUGUUGUAGCGAAGCUACAAUAGACCGUAGGAUUUCGUGACCAGGGUCGAAUGACACACAUGUUUAUGAUUGCAAGGUUUUUUUGCAUACACAGUCAAGUAUUGUUGUUUCUUACCGGAUUUCCUGCGGUUAGACCGCAACAGAGGCUGGGAUAGCGCCUCUUUGUUUUGUUCUGUGUAGCCCUUUGUGUUCAUAGGUAAUGUAAGGAGAGUUGAAAAUAAAACCUUGUGUUGUGAAGAACUUAGUCUGUUUACGUUCGUGCGUCUAUUUGCCUUGACCCUUGGCGACGUUACAAUAUGUUAUAAUUUUAUUGCAGUAGUUUUCCUUUGAAUGUCACGCGCCCUUUUAACAAUCGGCCUUUCAGAAUUUUCAUAAAUUCAUGAAUUGCGUACUUGAAGAAUAACGCAAUAAUCUUUUCCCUCAUGUCACGUCGUCAUAUAACCCUUCAGUGUGUUACCCCAAUUCCAAGUUCUUUGGCAAUUUUUGACUUACGUGUAAAUCAAGACAGAAAAGAAAAAAAUAUAUCGAGAAAUAGCGACGACGAUUCUAUACGAUUUUAAGGUUUUAUUUGUGUUGGCUUUAUAGCGCAAGGGAUCAGAGGCUUUCGUGACAUUAUUGUCUACUCAAAGGAUGCGUCUUUCUCUCGCGUGAUAGUCUGAGUUCGACAAUGGCGCUUUUUCGAAGAGUUCAUAGAAUGUUCCGACGCCGCCUAUGUCUGCUGUUCAUGUUAGUUUGGAUAGCCACUGUUUUUCUGUGCGGACUAGAACUUAUGAAAUUCAAAACAACGCUGAAAAGACCAGGUUUAUCUAGUCGAAGCAAAACGAGUAAACAUUAUCAAUUGAUAAGCAGACGACAGCAUCAGCGACAUCACGUUGAUAAGGAUUCAAGAUUUUUCUUCUUGUCUGAUGGCUUCAGAAAAGAUCAUGGCAAGUUAAUGAUAGGUAAAGAUGAAGACGGCGUUUUGGACAAACGGAUUGGAAGUGACGAUGGAGUACCAAUGGAGGCGACAAAAGCAAACGAACAGAACAGUGAUGGCGAUGAGAAUCUUGAAGAAUAUGAAGAGGAAUUGGAUCCGGCAGGCAUAAAAAAUACGGAAAUUAACAUAGACUCGGCAAAUAGUAAAGAAGACCACGAAAAAGAUGAAGGAGGAUUAGAAACGAAAGUGCAGGAAGAACUAGAACAGGACCAUAGACAGGAAGAAUUUGUAGCAGAAGAAACAACAUAUGGCGAAGAACAAGAGGAAGAGGAAUUCGAAAAGGAAGGAGAGGAAGAGAUUAACGGAAACAAGCAAGGAGGAGGAAAACAACCGAAACAACGAGUGGAACAGAAGGAAGAUAAGGAAGAAAAAAUACAGCAAGAACAGAAUUAUGAAGCAAACGUGAUGGACGUACAAGAUGAAAAGUACAAAAAAGGAAAUGCCGAAACUAACGAGGAAAAUGAUUAUUUUCCUCAACACAAAUAUAAAGAAGAUGAAGAAGAGGAUCCUGAUAAAGGAAUCGGCGAACGGGAGGAACAAGAAGAACAAGUACCAAGUACAACACAAGAGGAACGAAAUCAAAAUGAUGAGCAAGGCAAACAGCAUGGGCAAGAUGAAUCAGAAGGUUUAGAAGAACAAGAUGAUUAUGAAGAAGAGAAUUAUCGUAAGUUAGUUAACCAAAGUGAAGGGUUAAAGAACGAGCAAAGACCAGACAAACAGAAGGAAGAAAUAGUGGUAACACAAAAGUACAAAGAAUCAAUGAAACAUGACGACAACAAAGAAGCCUCAAUUUCUAAGACGCAGUCAUUCAAGAUGGCGGACGAAGGAGUGCCAUCAAACAAAACGAAGCGAAACGAAGAUUUGACGGAAGAAGAUGAAGACGAGGAAACUAAAGGCAAGUCUAGCAAUGAACAUGACGAUGUGACGCUGCAAGAUGAGGGCGAGGAAAAUAAAGGCAAGUCCAGCCAUGAACAGACGGAAAGAUUUGGUGCGUCACUAGAAACAGUGAUUAAACCUGCAAGUGUGAUAAAUGAGAGCAAGGCAAAUGAUCAGAGUUCAGUUGCUCAAGACGUUAAAGACUCCGUUUAUCUACCGCCUCUUAAAAAGGUUGAGGAAAGGGUUGAACUGCAAACAGACAGAACCGAAGGUGACGUCAAAUUGAAGGCAAAUGGUUAUUCAACAAAGGUGAGCGAAAUGGUUGAAGAUAAAACCACAAUGAACAGAGAAGCAGGGCAAGAAAACAAUGCAACAAAGUCAACAGAAUUGGUUAAACAAGGGCCAGGUGAAACAGAAAAGAAUUCACAAUCCGACGGGAAGGGUUUGCAAGGAUACAAAACAACUAAAGAGAGUGUCGAGAAUGAGCGAAACAAAGAAAGGUGGGAUGAAAUACACAAGUAUGGAACUUCUGUAACAGAAAAUAAAGAAACUGUUGAACAAGCUAAUGAUGACGAACAAAGUACAGCUAAUGAAAAUGGAAGGGCUAGAAUUAGUGAACGGAUCGAGCCGGAAGAUGAACAUAGUAAGAGCGACACGAAAAACCAAGAAGACAAAUUGAAUGAAGAGGGACAGAAGCAAAUCUAUGAGGGUAAAACAAAAAGACAUGAUCAAGGAAAUGAAGACAAGCAUAAAGUGAAAAAUGAGAGUGAAAGAAGCGAUGGAACUGAAAAUGGAAAAGGGGUUAAAGAAAACAAGGCCAACCAAGAAGAGCAGGAAGCGGGCGAGGAAAACCAUGCUACCGAAAAACGUCACCGAGAAGAUGUAGAAAGAUACCAGGCGGAAGAACGACCAUCUUCGAGGAGAACUUCAUUGCCCUGGGCAGGACAGCCAGUAGUCUCAACAAAAGAGGACGGCCGCGACCAUCAGCAGCACGACAAGGAAACUGGUCACGAACAAGAUUCUUUUGAAAGCAAUAAAACGAAUUCCAGGGAAAGGAACGUUCGUUUAGCUCAACCAACCACAAAGCCUACAAUGUCUGAAGAGCUUUUACUGAGACGGCAAGAUGAGCGAAAACACACAAUAAACACAUUCUGUCGGAAUCAAAAAUUUACUAGUCUACCUAACAGAAUGACUCUAAAACAUCUGGUUGUUAUUGACCAAGCUGAAAUAAUUUACUGUGCAAUCCCCAAAGUUGCAAGCACCGAAUGGAGGGAAGCUUUGUCGGUUGAACUGGGCCAUGGUAGAAUUCAAGGGAAAAAUGCGCAAAACAGAACCUUGUGGAAACAUCUUAAUGAAUAUUCCACUCAGAAUAUAACUGAGAAACUAAAGAAGUUCCACAAAUUUCUAUUUGUCCGGGAACCAUUUGCGAGGCUGCUAUCCGCUUACAAGAGUAAAUUUUUGGCUGGCAACGAGUAUUAUUUGAAGACCUUUGGUCGGAAAAUUAUUCAAGACUUCAGAAAGAAUGCUACGGAGCACGCGAAAAAUACCGGUGAUGACGUCACGUUUCUGGAGUUCCUAAAGUAUAUUGCCGUAACGCGAUUUUACGAUGAGCAUUGGCGCCCUUAUGAUGACAUCUGCCACAUGUGCAGCGUUAAUUACGACUUCAUUGGUCAUUUGGAAACUAUUGAAGAGGACGCGCCGUUUUUUCUUAAAGAACUGGGUAUCGACGACUAUGUAACUUUCAAGUCAAGCCGCCGUUCACAUACCUCACCUGAGUUGCUGAAGCAUUAUUCACAGAUUCCCGCGACAUAUAUCAAGAGGCUGGGGAGAAUUUACUUCAAGGACUUUAAAAUGUUUGGAUAUCCCUUUCCCGGACCUUUAAAAUCGAUCGUUGAGGAUUCAACUUGAGAAUCCUUUUCUUUAAAAGCGCUAGAAUAGAGAAAUAAACACUUUUUAUAUCAUCAUAUAUACAGAGAGAAUUAGGGGUAAGAGAGAAAGCUUAUCCACUGUAGAGGGUUUGUUCCUAAGUUUGGUCCCCCUCCAGUUAUUAGGCACCUUAAGCAACAGACGUCGCCGGCCUGACGACGGCAACCGGAAACGUGACAUUUCUUUCGAGACGUCACUGCGCAUGUACAACACGUUGUGACCCGACGUUACCCUGAGGUCGAGAACGUGAGAACGUGGGGUUUCACGUCGCGACGAAAACGUGAGUACUUAAUCUUUUGUUUUGAUCCCUUUAGCUUACUUUUGUGCUAGUUUGGUGCCGAACCAAGGUAAAGUUGCAUAAUGAUUGCCUUUAUGCUUAAAACAAUGUUCUGGAAGUAUUCCUGGACUCAUUUUUUCUU